AUGGCUCUCGAAAGCGACGCCGUUGCCGGCGCCACCAUCGAGCUCCUCGAGGCGCGUCUGCGCCGCCUCACCUACCUCCUCUCCGGCGCCACCGACUGGACGGGAGUCCCAACGACGCCGGAGAAGCCCGCCUCCCACGACGAGACCGUGUCGCGGCGACUCUUCCGGCUCGAAAAGGAGCUCGAACGGCUUAGUCGAAGUGUUCCGGCGGUGCGGGAUGUGCUUCAGCUCCACGACCGCUUUCCAGACCUCUUCCAACCCCCAAACCCACACACCAUCCCCGAAGGCCUCACCCCGCGCGCCCUCGCCUCCAUCGUGCUCUCCUACACAACCGCGUUCCCCGAAACCGCCUCGCGCCUGACCUCCCUCAAAGACCUCCCCAUCCCCGAGGCCCACAAAUCCGCCGCCCUCGUCGAGCUGCAGCCGCGGUUUGACCGGCUGGCGCAGACUCAGUCGGAGCAGGCGGCCGCGAUCUCGGAGCUGCGUGUGCGGUCGGCCCGCGUUCUGCAGCGCUGGUAUGAGGUUGGGCUGGUGGGCAGUGGCGAGUGUUGGGCUGAGUGGGAGGGGAGGUUGGAGGAUGUCGAGAGGGAGGUGCGGAGGACGGAGGUUAUUCGGGAGAGGCGGGAGAAGGAGAUUUAA